AAAGAACGACACAAAGACUGAGGAGUGUUGGUUUGAACUUUGACCCCUGUAGGUUAAUGCUGCUGUCAGAUGAGUCGAGUGCCGAGAACUGUUCAUGCUGUAAACCCAAUGGCUUCAAAGUUCACACACACACACACACACACACACACACACACACACACACACACACACACACACACAUCACAUGAGAGUUCAUUAACACUGACAGUGGCAGCAGACAUCAGUUGUACAGACGCUGUGUGUUGGUCGGAUCUGAAGGAUUGUACAUUCAAACAAGGAUCCGUCGCUGUGUCUGAAAAGAAGUGGAAAUAACCCAGAGACAGCGGGAGUGGACGAGGGGGACAGCCAGUCAGGAUGGACCCCGAGCAAGAUGGCGAGGGGCGAGUCCGGGAGCUGCAGGAGCAGAGGAUGACGGUCCAGAAGAAAACCUUCACCAAGUGGAUGAACAGCGUCUUCUCCAAGAACGGGGAGGCGGUGGACCUGACGGACGUCUACACGGAGCUGAAGACCGGCGUCAUCCUCAUCCGUCUGCUGGAGCUCAUCUCCAGAGAGUCGCUGCCGCCGCCGAGCCGCCGCAAACUCAGAGUCCACUGUCUGGAGAACAACAGCAUCGCCAUCAGCUUCCUCAAGAGCAAGAUUCGGGUGGAUCUAAUUGGUCCAGAGAAUGUGGUGGACGGGGACCGUACACUGAUCCUGGGUCUGCUGUGGAUCAUCAUCCUCCGGUUUCAGAUCGGAUCGAUCAACCUGGACGAGGCGGCGGGAGGCAGCGCUCACCGCUCAGUGAGGGAGGCUCUGCUCAUCUGGUGUCAGAGGAAGACGGCCGGCUACGCUGGCGUCGACGUUCAGGACUUCUCCUCCAGCUGGAGGAACGGUCUCGCCUUCAACGCCCUCAUCCACGCCCACCGGCCCGACCUCUUCGACUACCGCCGUUUCCAUGCUGACAACCCCCGCCGCAACCUGGAGCACGCCUUCACGCUGGCCGAGCGGGAGUUCAGCAUCAUGCAGCUGCUGGAGGUGGAGGACAUCAUGGUCCCCCACCCGGACGAGAAGUCCAUCAUGACCUACGUGUCCCUCUACUACCACUACUUCUCCAAGAUGAAGCAGGGACAGACCAUCCAGAAGAGACUAGCAAAGAUUGUUGGGUUAUUGAUGGAGCUGGAUUUAAUGAAGGUCCAGUACGAGAGGAUGGUGUCAGAUCUGCUUCGCUGGAUCAAAUCCAAGGUGGUGCAGCUGAAUGACAGAAGAUUUCCAAACUCUGUGAGAGAGAUGCAGACGCUGAUGAUUUCAUUCAAGACCUACAGGACCGUGGAGAAGCCCCCGAAAUACCAGGAACGUGGUGCGAUUGAAGCUCAUUUGUUCAGUCUGAAGACUCAGCUGGCAGCCAACAACCAGCGAGCUUAUAAUCCUCCAGAAGGUAAAACUCUGAGUGACAUCGAGAGGAGUUGGGUUUUACUGGAAGGAGCUGAAUACGAGCGAGAGCGAGACAUGCAGGAGGCGCUGAGACGCCUGGAGACUCUGGAGCAGCUCGCGCAGAAGUUUGGACGCAAGGCCGGUCUGAGGGAGGGCUACCUGGAGGACACGCUGCGUCUCAUCCGGAGGCAGGACAUCCGAGGCCUGUCCACGCUGGAGGACGCCCUGGCGGCCGGCCGGCGUCUCGAGGCUCUGGCCACAGACGCUCAGGCCAGAGAGCCACGUUUCACAGCCCUGAGGGACAUGGCCUUGUCCAUCGAGAGAGGAAACUACCACAGCAAGCAGCAGAUCAUGAGGAGGGAGGAGAGCAUCAGGAACCGAUGGAAGGACCUGCUGCAGCAGCUCCAAGAGCACAGAGGGCUUCUGGGAAAUGUAGUGGAAAUCCUCAGCAUCCUCCGAGACAUUGACCUCGUCUCCCAGGAACUAAAAGAACUACAGUCCCAGGCCAGUUCCCUUGAGACGGGGAGCCAGCUGGCCGAGGUGGAGUCCCUCCUCCAGAAACAGGACCUCCUGGAGGCUCAGAUCUCUGCUCACGGUGAAACCAUCGCUGCCAUCAGCAGCUUAGCUCUGAAGGGAAAAGUCAAAGACAGUCAGCAGAUUCAGAGCAGAGUGAGAGCUCUUCACACUCAGUAUAAAUCUUUGGAGUCUCUCAGCGAAAACAGGAGGAGGCGUCUGGAGGCAGAGCUCCGCCUCUGUGAGUUCUUCCAUGACAGUGAGGAGUUGGAGGCGUGGCUUUACGAGCGUUGGCUGAGGCUGCAGACGACCGGACUGGGCCGAGACCUGAACCACGUCCACUUGGCCCAGAACAAACACAAGGUGCUGGAGGCGGAGCUCCAGGCCCAGGAGUCUCUGUACCGGGGCGUCCUGGCCCGGGGUCAGGACCUGCUCUCCAAACAGAGCCAGGUCCAGCAGAGGGCCGUCCAGAAGUGGAUCAGGACCCUGAAGAAGCAGUGGACUCACAUCACGGAGGAGGCCACGGCACGACGCAACAGACUGCAGGCCGCCGCCACCAUUAAACAGUACUUUGCAGACGUGGCAGAGGCCGUCUCCUGGCUGGACGACAGGAAGCCGCUGCUGACCAGCGAGGAUCAUGGGAAGGAUGAUUCUAGCACGACGGUGCUGCUGCAGCGCCACCUACGGCUGCAGAAGGAGAUGGCGGCCUACGGUGUGGAGAUGAAGAGGCUGUCGGAGCAGGCGAAGAGCGCGGCUCAGCUCACGACUCUGACUGCCGACCCUCACCCAAUCAAGAUGAUCCCAUACAGCGACUCCUCCGGGGACGAGGACGGUCCAGGAGUGGGGACACCUAGUGUCAGGGGCAGGAAAGGCAACCCACAGAAGGAAGAGUCCACGGCCAAGGUCCGCUUCAGAUACAACAAAGGUCCGUUCCCGUGGGAUCGUAACGAGGUUGUGACCAUUGUCGGAUCUGAAACGGACGGAGAGCGAGUUAUGGCCAGAGACGGUCGAGGAAACAAGCAGCUCAUCCCCAAAACCUACCUGACCCUGAUACCCAACGCUGUUUCUCCUCCUACUCCUCCCGUCUCCACCAAUGGUUUACCAGAGACUCCGGCCAAGAAGAUGAGUCGUCCGAGGCGAAGCCGCUCGAUGCGUCGCGGCACCGGUGAGAACCAAACGUCAUCACUACCGGACCCACACUACCAGAGAGACACGGUGGAGAGCACUCAGGCCAGUCUGGACCAGGACUACAACCACCUGUGCAGCCUGUUGAAGUCUAAGAUGCGGAGUCUGGAGGAGGCGCUGCGUCUCUUCCGAUUCUCCAACAGCUGCCUGGAGUUUGAGUCGUGGAUGGAGGACAAGGAGAACAUCCUGAACACCUUCACUACUGACGGCGACAAUCUGGGAGUAGUUCAGGCCAAAUACGAGAACUUCCUAACUGAGUUGGCCAGUGGGCGGGGUCAGUUGGAUGACAUCAUCAAGAUGGCAGAGGAGAUGGUGAAGAGUCGACACAGUAAACAAAAAGAGAUCCAGGCCAAGGAGAGGAGAGUCUCCAGCAGGUGGGAUCGGAUCCAGAGGCUGAAGGACGAGAAGGGCCACGAGCUGCUGAGCACGGCCGACGUCAAGUCCUUCCUGCAGAGCUGCGAGGAGGCUAAAGGUCAGCUGCAGGAUCAGAUGUCCCGGCUGGACCCGGUGGACGUGGGCUGCAGCUCCCUCACCCUGCAGAGCGGAGAGAAGACCCAGGCUCAGGCCCUCAGGGACAUCCAGACCCUGGAGGCCAAGAUCGCCUACCUGAAGAACGUCGCCAAGAUGAAGCAGGACUGCAGUCCAGCCGAGGCGGCGGCCAUCAUGGAGGAGGUUCGAGGUCUGGAGGCUCUGCUGAGUCAGGUGAAACGUCAGGCCGCAGACAGACAGCGCCACCUGGACGAAGCCCGUCGGCUGCAGAGCUUCCAGCAUCAAGCCAAGGAGCUGCAGGGCUGGACGGGCUCGGUGCAGGAGCGACUCCUGCGGCCGGAGACGGCCGGCGACGUGGCCUCGGCCGUGGCUCUGCUGGAGCAACACGAGGAGCUCCGGCUGGAGAUGGAGGCGCACAGGAGCAGGCUGAAGGAGGUGGAGGAGUUGGCCAGGUCUCUCGGUCCCGGUGCAACUAUAGGUGGAGUGGACAUCCAACAAACCCUGGACACUCUGAACGCUGAGUGGUCCCAGAUGGACAAGCUGUGGACCGAAAGGAAGCAGCAUCUGGAGCAGAGCCUGGAGCUGCAGAGGCUGAACCAGGAGGGCGACCGGAUCGAGGCGACGCUGUCUGGACACGAAGCCCGGCUGAGGGUCAAGGAUGUCGGGGACUCGGUGGACAGCGUCCACAGCCUGCUGGGCCGACAGGAGGAGCUGGAGGGACUCCUGAGGGCUUUAGACCAGCGGGUGGAUCUGUUCACGGAGCGCAGCCAGGAACUCAUCGACCGCCAGCACUACGCGUCUAAACAUAUCAAGGAGCGGAGCAGGAGCAUCCAGAACGCCAACAGGAGGCUGAAAGAGAGCAGCAGGGAGAGGAGGGAUCUGCUUCUGGCCUCCAUGAAAUACCAGGAGUUCCAGAGGGACUCGGACGAGCUGCUGCUGUGGAUGGAGGAGAAGUUCAAGGUGUCCGAGGACGAGUCGUAUCGUGACCCCACCAACAUCCUGCGAAAGCUCAAGAAACACGAGGCGGCGGAGAAGGAGAUGCAGGCCAACCAGGUCCGGCUGGACCGACUGGUUCAGCUGGCUCAGGAGAUGGUUGCUGAAGGGCACUACAACAGUCAGAGCAUCAGCAGGAAGUCCUCUCAGCUCAGCAGCCGCUGGAAGAGACUGCAGGACAAGAUGGCCGACAGGGGGGACAAGCUGAGGCAGGCGGGACAACAGGAGCAGCUGAUGGAGCUUCUGCAGGACGCGAAGCUGAAGAUCGAGGCGAUUCGCUGGAUGCUGAACAACGCCCCCAAAGGCCACGACCUGCGCUCCAGCCGGCAGCUGCUGAAGGAGCAUCAGCAGCUGGAGCAGGAGGCCAACGAGCUCGCAGAGAAGAUCAACUCCAUCGUGAGCAGAGCCAAACAUCUGGCCUCCAACCACUUCGACUCCCACAGGAUCCUCCAGGACACGGACACCUACCUCACGCUGUUCAAAUCCCUGCAAAAACCUCUGGAGCAGCGUCGGGCUCAGCUGGAGGCGUCGGUGCUGCUGUUUGGCUUUUAUCACGACGUCGACCUGGAGCUCAGCUGGAUCUCAGAACACAUUCCUUCCUCUGGAUCCACGGGAUACGACAAGUCUCUGGCUGGAGCCAUCAGCCUCAUGCAGAAACACAAGGAGCUUCAGGCUGAAGUGAACGCCCACCGGAAACACCUGAACCACAUCCUGGAGAAGGGACGUAACCUGGCCAGAUCCACCAAGUCAGACAAAGACGAGGUUCUCCGCAGGUGCGACCACCUGCGCACAGAGUGGGAGGAGCUUGAGGAGGCCUGUAACAAGAGGACAGCUCACCUGACCAAAGCCAUCACCAGAGAACAACUGCUCUUGGACUGUUCAGAGCUGGAGUCCAGACUCACCGAGAUGCUCGGCCUGAUGAACAUAGACGACUACGGCAAAGACCAGCUGGCCACACAGAGCCUCAUCACCAAGCACCAGGUGUUGCAGGGCCAGCUGGAGGUGGUGGAGGUGGAGGUUAGAGAGUUGGGGGACCAGGUGGAGAAGGCGGUCCAGACCUGGAGCCUGGAGGAGCUCAGUAGACCCUAUAGUCGCCUCAGCAGCCUGAACCAGCAGCUGCAGCACCAGGCGGCUCUCAGAGGUCAGAGGCUGAAGGAGGUUCUUCAUCUCCACGAGUUCAGACGAGAGAGUUCAGAGCUGCAGGACUGGAUGAACCAGCAGCGACAGACGACAGACUCUCAGGACCUGGGCAACAACUACCAGCAUGUCCAGUUGCUCCGUGGGAAGUUUGAAGGUUUCCUGAAGCAGCUGGAGGUCGGAGAGGAGAGACUCCAGAGCUGCAACGAUGCGGCUGCUCGACUGAUCCGCAACAAACACCCGCAGACCUCCACCAUCAGAGACAUCCAGCAGCAGCUCAGUGCAUGCUGGGAGGAUUUGAACAACGCGGCCCGGGAGCGUCAGGACCAGCUGCAGAGAGCUGAGAAGUGUCACGGCUUCUACCAGGACCUGAGCGACGCGCUCACCCUCAUCCAGGAGCGACAGAAGAGAAUCCCUGACGACAUAGCCAAGGAUUUCCAGGGCGUGAUCUCACAGCUGAGGAAACACGAGGCUUUGCUGCAUGAGCUCGCUAACACAGAGCAACAGUUGCGGGAGCAGCUGGACUCGGUCGACUCCAUCCUGAGCCUCUGCUGGCCUCAGCUGAAGCUCCGCCUCCAGGAAGUGCAACAGGAAGUGGUGGAGCGGUGGGAGGUGCUUCGCCUUCAAACGGAGAAGAGGGAGGAGGAGCUUAAACUGGCCUGCCAGCGAUACCUGUUCCUCAACACGGCUCAGGACUACCUGCUGUGGUGCAGCCAGAUGAUGGGCGUCAUGGCGGCCGAGGAGAGCAUCAGCGACGUGGCCACGGCCGACCUGCAGCUGGCUCAGCACCAGCAGCUCUGGGCCGAGAUGGAGGCCAGACAGGAGACCUACCAGCAGGCUCUGGACAUGGGGGAGGAGCUGCAGACACAGGACAGGAGCAACAGGAAGGAGGUGUCGGAGAAGCUGGACACUUUGCAGGCGGAAAGAGACAAACUGGAGGAGCAGUGGAAAAAGAAGCAGUUUUGGUUAGAAACCGUCCACCUGGAGCAGAUCUUCUACAGAGACGUCAACAGCAUGGACAAGACCUGCAGCUCCCAGGAGAUCCUGUUACAGAGCAGCACUCUGGGAAACACCGUGGACGAGACGGACGGUCUCAUCAAGUCUCAUGAAGCUUUUGAGAAACUGCUCAGCUCCCAGGAGGACAAGCUGUUCUCUCUGAAGGAACUGGCUGAGCGUCUGAAGAAGCAGCUCAUCAAGGAGAAGAGUCGACGGGUCAAAGCCAGACUCAAAGCUCUGGUCCAGAGACGGGACCGGAUCAAAGAACUGGCCGUCAAACGCAGGCAGGAGCUGGAGCUUUCCAGGCUUCUGUGCAUCUUCCACCGGGACGUGUCCGAGGCUGAGGAGUGGGUGUCUGAGCGCAUGCAGAAGAUGUCGGAGGACGGAAAAGCCGACCUCAGCAACCUGCAGGCGAAGAUGAAGCUGCUCCAGAAACAUCAGGUGUUUGAGGCGGAGAUCCUGGCUCACGGUGGCAUCAUCAGCUCCGUGCUGCAGGCCGGGGACAAGCUCGUCUCCCUUCACCACCCAAGGUCCAAGGAGGUGAAGAGCAGCGCGGCGACGCUGGAGCUCCACUGGGAGGAGCUGAAAAGGGCCGUGGCCACCAGGGGCAAAGCUCUGGAGGACAACAGAGACUUCCUGGAGUUCCUGCAGAAGGUGGAGGAGGUGGAGGCCUGGAUCAGACACAAGGAGGUGAUGAUUAACGUGGGAGACGUCGGGAAGGACUAUGAACACGGAGUCCAGCUACUGAAGAAGCUCAGUGAGUUCAGGGGAAGUGGAGACACGGAAGUGACGGUGGACGACGCUCACAUCAAAGCCAUCAACAGACUGGCAGCAAAACUGGAGAAGAGACGGAGCGCUGAAGAGCUGGAGACGGUCAAACAGAGGAGGCAGCAGCUCAACGACAGGUGGAGCAAGUUCCACGGGGAUCUGAAAACUUACAAGAAGAAGCUGGAGGGGGCGCUGGUGGUCCACGGCCUCAUCCGAGAGCUGGAGGAGGUCCGAGACCGAGCCAACGAGAAGAUGCUGCUGCUCCAGGACCAGGACUGUGGCAGUGACGUGGACAGCGUUGAGAAUCUGAUGAGACGCCACGAGGAGACGGAGCGAGAGGCCGGGGUCAUCCAGGAGAGGUCAAAGUCUCUGGAGAAAACGGUGCUGAAUCACCUGAAGUCUCCGUCAGUGAUGAGCGACAAGUUGAAGGACAAACAGAAGGAGGUCCAGAAUUCUCUGAAGACCUUGGACAAGGAAGUCAAACACCGGAAGGAGCUGCUGCAGGAGGCUCAUCAGCUGCAGCUGUUUAAGGCCAACCAGCGCCUCCUGCUGGAGUGGGGCGCCAAACAGAGCACGGAGAUGGCAGAGAAGGGACUCCCCAAGACCAGAGCCGAGGCCGACCGGCUCAUCGUGGAGCACCAGGACUGGAAGACGGAGAUCGACGCCCGGGCCGAGCGCAUGGACUCCGUCAGGGACUUCGGUCUGGGGCUGAUCCGGUCUGGUCACAGCUCCAAGGCCGAGAUCCAGAAGGCUCUGAACCAGCUGGAGGAGGCUAAAGCUGGACUGGACCGAGCCUGGAUGGAGCGGAGCUUGACCCUGGAGCAGGCCCGAACCCUGCAGGUCUUCCAGGCCUCGGUGGAGCAGUGUGAGAGCUGGUUAACCAACAGCGAGGCCUUCCUCACCAACCAGGACCUCGGGAGCUCGGUGACGGAGGUGGAGGCUCUGCAGAGGAAACACCUCCAGUUUGAGGAGGCGCUGGAGGCUCAGUGGGAGCAGCUGGACCAGGUGGAGAAACUGUCUCAGCAGAUGAUCCAAGACAAGCACUACGACACCAACAACAUCCGAGCCAAGAUCAGAGCGCUGUCCAGCAGACGCAGUGAACUGCAGAAACAGAGCAAAGCUCGGCACAAAGAUCUGGAUCGAUCCCUGCAGCUGCAGCAGUUCCUGUCCAGCAGCUACCAGGCGUGCGUGUGGCUGAACGAGCGUAACGCUGUGGCGUUGGACGAGAGCUGGAGGGAACCCACCAACCUUCAGGCCAAACUCCUUAAACACCAGAGCUUUGAGGCCGAGAUCCUCGCGAACCGCUACAGAGUGGACACGCUCACCAAGGAAGGACAGAAGCUGCUGUCAGAGUCUCGGUCGGCGGAAACGAAGGUUCGACCUCGGCUCAAAGAGCUGAGCGAAGGCUGGGACGCUCUGAUCCAAAACUGCAAGGAGAAGAAGACCAGACUGCAGGAGGCCUACAAGGCGCUGCAGUUCCACCGCUCGCUGGACGACAUGGAGCAGUGUGUGGCGUCGGUGGAGAGGGAGCUUUCCAACCAGGACUGUGGCAGCGACCUGCAGUCGGUCAACAGGCUGCUGAAGGCUCUGCAGGGGCUGGAGGAGGAGGUGGACGGACACCGGGACCGGAUCCAGGCUCUGGUGGAGACGGCAAAGAGCUUCCAGUCUCAGGGAAACUUCCUGGCCGAGGAAAUCCAGACCAGAGUGGCACAUACAAUCAACAGGUACAACAGUCUGUCAGAGCCUCUGCAGAGACGUGGGGAGACCCUGGAGGCCUGGCAGGUCCUGUUCCAGUUCUACAGGGACCUGGAGGAGGAGGUGUCCUGGCUGAAGGACCGGCUGCCCUCCAUCACCGUCAAAGACCUGGGGGGCUCCCUGAGCAGCAGCCAGCAGCUCCUCCACAAACACCAGGCGGUGGCGCAGGAGAUCUCGGGCCGCGCCCCGUUGAUCCAGGCGGUCCAGGAGGAGGGGCACAGUCUGGUCAGAAACCGACACUUCGCCUCUCACGACAUCCGAGAGCGUCUGGACGAGUUAAAGAGACUGUACGAGGAGCUGGUGGUGGAGGCAGAGAAGAAAGGGAAGCUCCUGCAGGAGGCGCUCAGCAUCCACACCUUCCUCACAGAGGUCUCAGAGCUCCAGCUGUGGUUGGACGAGCAGCAGGUGGGUUUGGAGUCCCGGGACUGUGGGAGGAGCGAGGAGGCGACGGAGGCUCUGCUCAGGAAACUGGACACUGUGGACGUGGAGCUGGAGAACCAGAGGAGGACGGUGGAGAGGCUGCAGGAGACCGGAGCGUCGCUGCAGCACCUCGGGCAUCCACACAGCCGUCUGGUCAGCGAGUCCCUCCCCAACGUCCUCGAGCAGUUUGAGAAGCUCCUCAAACUUUCCACAAGUCGUCGCAGCGCUCUGGAAGACCAGCUCCGCCUCUACGUGUUCGAGAGGGAGGCCACAGAACUACAAACAUGGCUGACCUCCAAGAGGAAGGUGGCGGAGUCGGAGGACUGUGGACAAGACCUGGAGGACGUGGAGGUGCUUCAGAAGAAGCUGGAGGUCCUGGUGUCGGAGGUGUCCGGUCUGGGUCGCAGCCGGCUCACCUCGGUGCAGCAGCUGGGCCGAGGGCUGCAGCAGGACAACCAGGCCCGGAAGAGGGACGACGCCCUCAGCCGACUGUGGGACGAGCUGAACGGCAGCAUCAGGACCAGAGAGCAGAAUCUACAGUCGGCCAGGAAGGUUCAUCAGUUUAACCACGACGUGGACGAGCUGAAGGGAUGGAUGGCUGAGAAGGAGGCCGUGCUGGACUCAGAGGACCAGGGUCACGACCUGCACUCCAUCCAGACCCUGUCCCAACAACACGAGGCCCUGGAGAGGGACCUGGUUCUGAUCUCGGAGGAGGUGACCAGGAGCCAGGAGGAGGGCCGGGCCCUGAGCCGCUGGCAGCCUCAGGUCCGAUCCUCGGUCACCCAGCGGCUGGAGGAGCUGGAGGCCUGUUGGGCCAGCAUCAAGGACAAGGCGUCCAAACGGAGGCUGAGACUGUCCCAGGCCGAGGACGUCCAGAAAUACCUGUCACAGUGGACCGAGCUCAUGGCCUGGCUCAGGGAGAUGCUGUCUCUGAUUCGUGGUGAGGCUCAGAGCGGAGAGGGAAGCGACUGGGAGCAGCUCAUUAAAAAACACGACGAGUACCGGCUUCAGAUGGACCGGCAGCGCAGCAAAUCACAGGCCACGAAGGAGGAGGGACUGCGGCUGAUUAGAGACAAACACUUCAUGUCCCAGGAGGUGAAGGAGCGUCUCUCUGAGCUGGAGGAGCUGGAGCUGCGGGUGGAGAAGGUUUGGGAGGAGACCAGGCUGCUGUACGAGGAGGAGCUGGAGAUAUCGCUCCUGCAGAGGGAGCUGGAUCAGGCCGAGCGCUGGCUGAGCUCCUACGAGAACACGCUGACGGCCGAAGACUACGGGGAUUCUGUAUCUGACGUCAUGGAGCUCCUCAAGAGGCAGGAGGACCUGGAGGCCAUGAUCCAGGCUCAGAGCGAACGCUUCGUGGCUCUGCAGAAGAAGAAAACUCAGAGGGAGAGGAGGCUGGGCCUCGUGGGGGUCGAGGAGAAGGAGGUGCAGGAGCGCCGGCCUCCAGCCAGAGUGUCCUCCCUGAGGAGCAAACCUCUGGAGCCCACGAUCCAGCGCUCCUCCUUCUCCAGGGACAGCAUCCGCCGGAGGAGCAGCACCAGGCAGGAGCGAAGCUUCAGACCCUUCACGGUGGAGACGGGAGGAGUCGACUCCCCCACCUCCCCCAGGUCUCCUCUGAGCCCACCUCCACACCAGGACCCAGACUCAAGGAGGCGCAGAGACAAGACGGGCUCUCCUCCUCGUAGUCCCAGCUCCAGCUUCACUGCCACCUCCUGGAGGAGUCGAACUUCAUCAACUGACUCCUCCUCUCUACCUAAAGAGACUCCUCCCACGUCCAAACCUCCUCUGGCUCCGAAGCCCAGGAUCUCCUCCUCCACUCCUCCAGAGUCCCUGAGGAAACCGGAGGAGCCGGCUGCGCCUCCCGACUCACCUCCUCCCACCAGACGCUUCGUUGCUCCGACUGAGCCACCUCCUCCUCCUCCUUCAGGACCACGUACUCCUCCCAGCUCCCCCACCACGAUGAGACACCGACAGGUCACAUCCUUCACUGAGGAGGAGGUCCCUAAAGCACCUGACUUCGCUCCUCCUCCGCCCCCUUCUUCAUCUCCUCCUCCUCCUCCUCGUCCUCCACAGCAGCAGGAGGUGUUUGAUGAACCCAAUGAGGAGGUGCAGCCGGUCAGGAUGGAGGGAGCACUGGAGAUCAAACUGAAGCAAGGAGGAAGUAAGGGCCUGGAGCACUGGGAGGAGGUGUUUGCCGUCCUGCAGGGGGCGACACUCAGUCUGUUUAAAGACACAACGGCUGCAGCAGAGAGAAGCUCUCGGUGGCCUCCUAUCAACACGGCCGGAGCCGUGUGCCGGGAGAACGCCACCUACAGGAGGAAGGAGAACACGUUCAAGCUGAUUCUGGAGGACGGCAGCCAGUAUCUGUUUGCAGCGUCCAGCCGUGAGCUCCUGCUGCUCUGGGUCAAGAAGCUCCAGAACGGGCCUGAGUCCGGGGGCAGCGACUCGGACGACUCCGGGAGAGCAUCGUCCACCAACCUCAGCCUGGAGAAACUGGCCGACGCCCCCGAGGACCUGUCCUCCAGCAGAUCUGUGGACGCCAGAGCCAAAGGCCUGGACAGACAGUCCUCCACCGACAGCCACCCCCCACCUAAACCCCCCCACACCUACUACAACAGACACAGCUACCCGGACGGAGGGGAGGCCCAGACACCGGGCGAGACACACGGUUCCCUGACUCAGCCCCCCCCACCUCCUUCAGAGCCUCCUCCUCCUCCUCCUUCGAACAGCCAGGACCCCCCCGCUGGGAACCCCGAGGUAACGGAGACAGACGCCUCCAACAAAGACAAGCCGAAGAUGAGCGUCUUCAGGAAGUUUUUCACCAAGAAGUAGAACUUUACUCACGUCCGUCAUCAUCACAGACUCAGAUUUAACCCUAAAUAACAAUAAUAACAAUAAUAACAACAACAAUAAUAAUAAUAAUCAUCAUAAAUGUGCGUCAGAGGAAACUGAACGGAUUUAAAUCCUGUAGAAUCAGGUUGAUUAAAGGUAAAAAAAAAUAAAAAAAUCUUCAUCUCAGUCACAAACAUCAACAGUAAAUUAUCUAAAAGAGUUUUUAAUAAUAAUCACAUCUAAAGUUAUUUUUGUGCAGAUUAAAUGUUAAGUGUGUGUUGUAAACAUUUACUGAUAAUAAAAAGCUCCUGAAUCA